CCUGCGCGGGCCCGGGCCCAUGGCGGCAUCCGCUGCUCUGUCCGCGGCGGCGGCGGCGGCCCUGUCAGGGCUGGCGGUGCGGCUGUCGCGCUCGGCGGCGGCCCGCGGCUCGUACGGCGCCUUCUGCAGGGGGCUCACGCGCACGCUGAUCACCUUCUUCGAUCUGGCCUGGCGGCUGCGCAUGAACUUCCCCUACUUCUACGUGGUGGCCUCGGUGAUGCUCAACGUCCGCCUGCAGGUGCGGAUCGAGUGAGCGCGCGCCGCCGCAGCCCCGGCCAGAGGGUCCCGCGCGCCCGGCCGAGACGGACCCGGCGCGGGCAUGGAGGACGGCGGCCAGCGCGCGGCGGGGGCAGGAGGCGGCGCGGCCGGGCCCCCCGCACCCUAGUCCUCGGCGGGAGGACGCGGGCCACCGAGCUACCCAGCCCGGCCCGGCCCCGACCCGCCCACACGCGUCGCGGCCGAUGGCCGAUUGCACAGAACCUCACCAAACGGGUCCUCUUCGUCGGGCUCGAGAAAAAAAAAAAGCAUUUGACUGCGGCAGACCUGUUGCCUCACGUUGGCCGGGGUGGGGGAAGCAGAAAGGAAAAAUUCUGCAGCAGGGACUUGAGUGGCCCCGAUCAGCAAGGAACCAGUGAUUGUAGGUGGUGACCGCCCUUUCUCUGGCCUUGUCAAGAGACUCAGAUCCCCGUCCAGGGGCGCCUCUGGCCCAAGGGCUGCCUGGGGAGCUGCUGGGUGAAGGGCCUGGUCCAGGAGGACAGGAAGGGCCUCCCAGGCAGAG